AUGUUGCUCUGUGAUCAUGUCAACAUCUGCCAUACAGCACACCAGAACCUUAACUCAGUACAUAGAUUUGGAAGACCAGGAGUAGACUGCCAUUGCUGCCACCCAGAAGAAGCGGCUGUGAUACAAAUUUUAUUUCUAAUAAAUGAGGGUGCAUUGGUAACAGUUUGUUCUGAUGAUACCUUACAUCUAUGGAAUUACCGACAAAAAAGGCCAGAUAUUGUACACACCUUGAAAUUUAUGAAAGAACGUAUUACAUAUUGCCAUUUGCCUUUCCAAAGUAAGUGGUUUUACAUCGGAACUGAACGUGGGAAUGUACACAUAGUGAACAUAGAAACGUUUUCUCUGUCUGGUUAUGUAAUUAAUUGGAACAAAGCAAUUGAAUUGUCACGAAAAACCCAUCCAGGCCCAGUUGUGCACCUUGAAGACAAUCCCAUAGACCCCAGUAGGCUAUUGAUAGGUUUUGAAUCGGGUAUAGUGGUUGUGUGGGAUUUAAAGAAUAAAACAGCCGAAUUAAGAUUUUCUACCCCUGAAGCGCUGCGGUCUUUAUCAUGGUGGUCAGAUGGCAAACAAUUCAUGGGAAGCCACUCAGAUGGCAGUUUAACAACAUGGAACUUGAAAACAAAUCUAAAAGCUACCAAUAUUACAAUGCCUCAUGCAAAACCUGGAAAAGAUGGAAAACUUGAACCAUGUAAACCAAUUAAAAAAAUAGAAUGGAAAUCAGUGAGAGGAGGUGAACCACUGAUUAUUUUCUCCGGUGGAAUGCCCUAUGACAAAGUGGGACGUACACCUAGUAUUACAGUGAUGAAUGGAAAAAGUAUUACAGUGCUUGAAAUGGAACACAACAUUGUUGAUUUUGUUGUGUUGUGUGAAACUCCUUGGCAAAAUGAUUUUCAGGUACCAUACGCCAUAGUUGUACUUCUUCAAAAUGAUCUAGUUGUUGUGGAUCUCACAGUCCAAGGCUAUCCGUGUUUUGAAAACCCUUAUCCUAUGGACAUUCAUGAGUCUCCUGUAACUGCCUGCCAGUACUAUGCAGAUUGCCCUCCAGACUUAAUACCUGCCUUCUAUUCUGUUGGAUCAAAACAGAAAAAAACUGGUUUCAGCGAGAAUGGAUGGCCAAUAAAAGGUGGUGAAUGGGGAACAACAACUUGCAGCUACCCUGAGAUCAUUUUAACUGGACAUGCCGAUGGCUCAAUAAAAUUCUGGGAUGCUUCAGCAGUUACCUUACAGGUUUUAUGCAAAGUAAAAUCUGCCAAAUUAUUUGAAAAGCCUAAAUGUAAAAAUUCUGAUGGUAGCGACGAUGAUCCGUUUGCUAUCCAAAUGAUGCAGUUGUGUCGCGAAAGUCGUUUACUAUGUGUUGCUGGCGCUACGCAUGUAAUGCUCUUCAGGUUUGACAAACAAGAGUCUCAACAUGAGGUCGUCGCACUUGAAAUCCAGAUCAUCUAUGAAGUGUAUGACGACUUAGACUCUCCAGAUUAUGAAUACUCACGGCCAUUUCUUGGUGCAGUCCAUCAACAACAGAGUGGAAGCCUUGGCUCCUAUUCCAGCAGUGCAUCCGAUAGUACUAAGUAUGUUCAGGAAAAGAAACCUCCUCUCAGUUGGAGUGGUGCAAUUUCUUUGGUUACAAAAAGGGCCUGUCUGAUGCGAGGCUGGCAGACCAUUGGUCCACGUCAGUGCUGCUGGUUAUGUCCAACCGACAGGUUGCCAGCCAUUGCUUUAAAACCAUCCAAUGAACCUCAUGAAAACAAUCAUACUUCUCUAGAUUUAGACUCAUCAUAUGGUAUGGAAUACAGCACAGCAUUAAAGGUAAAACCCUCCCAGCGGCGAUGGAACCCAGGUUUCCAGCCUGACAUAGUGUGUCUUUUGGCAUGGAUUGACAAUGAGCAUCCAGGGAAUGUGACUAGUAUAUGUGUUAAUUCUUCCUAUGGCCUAAUGGCUUUUGGCAAUGAAUCUGGUCUAGCUGUAGUGGACAUAAUCCAGAAAAUUUGUUUGCUUAAUAUUGGGACACCUGAUUUGUAUGGAUCUAUGGAUCCAUACCAGCGAGCACCUCGUUCUCCCCGUGGAAAAAGACCACAACCUCUUGAUGCUAAUAAUACUGGACAAAUAUUUACUGAUGAAUGCAAAUCUCCAACCAGUGACCAAUUUGUACACUACUCCCUUAUUUUCCAGUCCCUCCUCCCCCUGGCAAGUCAUCCUCGGCCUGCGAGUAGUGGCUCUACUCCCUGUGGUGGUGAGGAGGAGGAGGAGCAGCAGCUGGUGCACCACCUCCCCCACACACAAACACCUCAAGUAGCCAUUGAACCAACUCCGAUGACUACCAAAAGCUACUUAUCAAGUGAGUCGAUUUGCGAAAAAACUGACAGCACAAAAGAUAACAACGAGACUUGGACAAUAAUCGAGGUAGAAACAGAACAGAGUGAAUCACAGACUGAAGAAUCAGUCAGCUUUCACGUAAUGCCACCAGUGAAGACGGUACCACAUCGAACAAAAUCAAACAAACUGCCUAAACCAAGUGAGGCUGUGACGCCAAUAAAACGCUCCCCAUCAGAGUCUAAUAUUAGAAAACGGAACUCUCCUAAAGAUGAUGAUUCUCUAUUUUGUAGUAGUUCAUCUAGUCGAAACCUUCAUGAAAAUCGCAAUUGUAUAUCAAGGGAAGCUUACUCAGAUGUAAAUUUAACCCAAUCUAUUCCCGACACCAAUAUUACUAGUCCCGGUGCCAAUUGCAAGGAUUCAGAAACAUCAAUACUACGGAAAAUGAGCUCCAGUCUGAAAGCCUUAUCGAUUAAAGUGAGAGGCAGCUUGCUUGAUGUAGGACAUGAUACUCGUAAAUAUAAGCCCCCUCGACGUUUCGGUGAUAUUGGCAAAGUUGAUGUAAUUGAUCUCACAAAGGAAAAUGAAUGUUCUCACAAAAGACACAUGAGCCGAAGUGAAAUAUUCAAGGGACUGUUUGUAGGACACUCAAAUAAAAAUGAUGGAUCCUCCUUCUCUCGGUCGAGAAGCUCCAGUAUGUCCAGUCUUGAAAAUGUUUCCAAAGAAGCAAUCCAGUGUCUCAAAUUUUCUGAUUCAUAUACAAGAAAAACAGAUAGUUACACCUGUCCUUGUUUAUGGGUCGGCACCAGUUUAGGAUCCGUCUUAGUCAUUGUACUUAAUCUUCCUUCGCAAGAACAAAGAAAUUUCCAGCCUGUCAUUGUAUCCCCAAGUGGUACCAUAUUCAGGCUAAAAGGUGCCAUUCUUACCAUGUCGUUUUUGGAUUGCAAUGGUGUUUUAGUUCCCGAUGCCUCCGUUCAAUGGGAAGAUAAGUCAAAGUUGAAAAUAGAUCCAAGAGAAGCACAAAAAACCAAUGCCGGGAUAAACUAUAAAAAAGUGUCUCCAACGACAGUUUUAGAAGUUAGUGAUCGGCAAUUUGCAAUAAUCUGUUCAGAAAAACAAGCAAGAGUUAUGUCCUUACCUUCUCAGACGUGUGCAUAUAAGGUGAAGAUCACAGAAACUUCUUUUGUUGUUAAAUCAGAGAUUGUGUCAAUCAAAGAUAGUGUCUGUCUUGCAUGUUAUGUUGCAAAUGGUCGCAUCGUAACCUUCAGUUUACCCAGUCUGAAACCUUUAAUGGACGCACCAUUCCAGCCUCUCACUGAGAUAAGAGUUGCACGAACUUUCUGCUUCAGCAACAAUGGCCAUGCUAUGUAUCUUUGUACGCCUACAGAACUUCAAAAAGUUACUUAUUCUGCUGAAAUGAGACAAAAUCUUAAUGAAAUGCUUGGUGAUCUUUUCCUGCCAUGUGAAACUCCAGAAGCACCUAAACAAGGAUUUUUCAAAAAUCUGUUUGGUGGUGGUAGUGUUACUGUUGACAGAGAAGAAUUAUUCGGUGAGACCAGUGGAAAAGCUGCAAAAGGUAUGGCCAAAUUUAUUGCUGGCUCUGGCGGUAUGCAUCAUCUCACAGCCCAGUCUACAUCAGUUGGCGGUGAAGUGGCUCGAACAAAACAGUUGUUCCAUGAACGUGGAGAGAAACUGGAAGGCCUGGAUGACCGGACACAACAGAUGACUGCACAAGCUGAGAGCUAUUCUCAGGUAGCCCAUCAAUUGAUGUUGAAAUAUAAAGACAAGAAAUGGUACCAAUUUUAGCUUAUGGAACUUUUUACUCGUAGAUCGUACACCAGCUGUUCAGCUCUCUGAUCAGACGUAACACUCUAGUUUAACCACAACAUGACAAUUUACCGCUGGUUCGUUACUAUGGCAGCAGAGUUUUACAUUUUACAGCUUGCAAAGCUCCUCAGUUAAGUACCAGCCUGUUGGGAGAUUGCCAAACAUAAUUGGCAUGAGGGAUUCCUCACUUCAAUUGGGCUAACACUUGUUUACAGUUGCUGACAUUUUGAACUGAAACUAGAAUCAAUUCUCCAGUACCAAUGCCAUCAAAGUUUAUAUCUUCUUCGAGAUAACAAUUUUGCACUCCUUUAGAAUAACUGUGGAUUAAAAAAAUGCAAAAUUAAAUUUGUGGCAUCAAUUUGCAUUCUGUUUUAAAAAAAAACCACUCCUUUUUUUGGGAGCAAGCGCUGACUGUUGGAAGUUUAAAGGCAACGUUUCCUAGUUGAUAGAGCAACUUCGUCUUUCUUUGACUUUUAAAGCAGAAGUUUGAUUGUUAUUUUUUUUUUUUUUGGUCAAAUUAAUUAAAACAACAAAAAAAUAA